AUGUCAGUAUUCAUGGAGUUACUAUUAAUAGGAUUAUCUGAAGUGAUGUUUAAAAAUCCUAGCCUUCAAUGCAAUUUUCAGGAGCCUCUUCCUAUUCGUCAUAUCUAUCAUCAGCUUGGAGACAUUAACAUUGCUGGCAUUAUUUCUGUAUGCUUGAUAUUUUCUGACCCCAUUGAUUUCAGGCAACAUCCUUCUCAGGCAUUUCAUGAGGGACUUUUCAAUUUUAGUCCAAGUUGGACCUACUUUGCCUCAAUGGUUCUGCCUUUCACUCAGGGCAAAUUCAUCCCUAACUACAAGUGUGGAAUCACAAAUAUCUUGGCUGCAGUCAUUGGGGCACCUGAUAUCUCUCUUCACAUGGUGACUGUAUUGGGUAUCUACAAAGUCCCUCAGUUGACCUAUGGCUCUGCUCCAAUCAUGGAUAAAGCGACUCAAGCAGUUUUCUUUCAACAAAUGUUUCCGAAUGAAUCCCACCAACGUAGGGGCCUCCUGCAGUUAUUGCUGUAUUUUAGAUGGAUCUGGAUUGGAAUUCUUGUGGUAAAGGAUGAGAAAGGAGAGAAAUUUCUCCAGGAGGUGAUCCCCACAUUUUCUGAGGAUGGCAUCUGCGUUGAAUUCAUAGCAGAGUUCCCAAAUGUAGCUUUUUACAGUGAUUUUAGUGAAACCGUAGCUGAAGGGGUAGAUGUAUACCAUAUUCUCAUGAAAAGCACAGCCAAUGUGAUAAUCUUAUAUGGUGAAAUUCAGUCCUUAGCAUUUCUGAGAACUUUCCUCCAAUUUUCAGCAGUGGAGGAUAUACCAAGGAAGAAAAAGAUUUGGCUAAUAACAGCUGAGACAGAUUAUACUUCUACUUCCUUUCAAAAAUCUUGGGAUAUCCAUUUCCUACAUGGUGCUUUAUCCUUUGCAGUUCACACAAAAGAAGUCCAAAACUUCCAGGAAUUUCUUCAAAAUCUAAAUCUAAGCAACAAUCAGAACGAUAAUUUUCAAAAAGAUUUUUGGGAGCAGGCAUUCAGCUGUUUCUUCUCAAACUCAGAAAAGGAGGAGUUUGAGAAAAAGUGUACUGGACAGGAGAAACUUGAAAACCUUCCUACAUCUGUGUUUGAAACACACAUGAGUGGACAGAGUUACAAUAUUUACAAUGCAGUCUAUGCUGUGGCACACGCUUUACAAUCUCUUUCUAUGUCGAAAACUAGAGAAUCAACAAUGAUGAGAGAAAGAAGGAAACCUUUUCACACUCAAGAGUGGUGGCAGCUUCAUUCUUUUCUGAGAAGUAUCAGAUUCAACAAUAGUGUUGGUGAAAAGAUCUCCUUCGAUGAAAAUGGAGAAUUCAUUGGUGGAUUUGAUAUUAUCAACUGGAUCACAUUCCCGAACCAGUCAUUUCUUAGGGUCAAAGUUGGAGUGAUAGAUCCCAAAGGUCCAGCAGACAAGUUCUUCAAUAUUUCUAUAGAUUCCAUCACAUGGCCAGUAGGUUUUAAUCAGGCAUUACCUCUAUCUUUGUGUAAUGAUCCUUGUGAGACAGGAUACAGCAAGGUCAAGAAAGAAGGGCAGUUGUUUUGUUGCUAUGAUUGCCAUGUAUGUCCAGAGGGGAAAAUAUCAAAGGAGAAGGACAUAGAUGACUGCUCUCCUUGUCCAGAAGAUCAAUAUCCAAAUCCCACAAAAAAUACAUGCAUUCCAAAGCGGAUCACAUUUUUGUCCUAUGAAGAACCCUUGGGGAUCAGUUUGACUGUUCUGUCUAUGUGCUUUUCUUUAAUAACCAUUUUGGUAAUCACAAUCUUCAUGAAACACAAAGAUACUCCCAUCGUCAAAGCCAACAACCGGAAUCUCACUUAUGCACUUCUAGUUUCUCUUCUCAUCUCCUUCCUUUGUGACUUUCUAUUUGUUGGGAGGCCCAAUACGAUUGUGUGUCUCCUUCGACAACCAGCUUUUGGUCUCAUCUUUUCUGUGGCAGUUUCUUGUGUAUUGGCCAAAACCUUUGUUGUGGUUCUAGCAUUCAUGGCCACCAAACCUGGUUCCAGAUUGAGGAAAUGGGUGGGGAGAAGGAUGGUCGGUUUCAUUCUACUAUCCUGUUCCCUUGUUCAAUUAAGUUUUUGUGCUGUGUGGCUGAUAACAUCCCCACCGUAUCCAGAUUUUGAUGUGCUUUCAAUGUCUGAAGAAGUCAUCCUGGAGUGCAAUGAAGACUCAGUCAUGUUCUACUGUGUUUUGGGCUUUAUGGGUUUUCUUGCUCUGAUUAGCUUUUCUGCUGCUUUUCUAGCUAGGAAUUUACCUGACAGUUUCAACGAAGCCAAAUUCAUCACCUUCAGCAUGUUGGUCUUCUGCAGUGUUUGGCUGUGCUUUAUUCCAACCUAUUUAAGCACAAGGGGAAAAUAUACAUUGGCAGUAGAGAUCUUCUCCAUGAUCUCCUCCAGUGCUGGAUUAUUAAUGUGCAUCUUUCUUCCCAAGUGUUUUAUCAUUGUAAUCAGACCUGAACUGAAUGAUAAACAUCAACUCAUAAAGAGAAAGUUUUAA